UCGCGGCGCCGACUUGGUACUCUGUUCGUCGCGAUUGUCCGGUAAAGAUCUCGUGCGGUUUCACCUCUCGGAGCCAAAAAUCCAGUCUGGUUCUUCAUCUCCAGACCUCACCACAAGUUCACAGCUAGUGUCCCUCAAAACCACAAGUGUUUGAAAAAGAGUGCGAAACAUGGGUAAGACACCGGCCGUCGGAAUCGAUCUGGGAACGACCUAUAGCUGCGUCGGGGUCUGGCAACACGGCAAGGUGGAAAUCAUUGCCAACGACCAGGGCAACCGGACUACCCCGUCGUACGUUGCCUUCAACGACACGGAACGGCUGAUUGGCGAUGCUGCCAAGAACCAGGUGGCGAUGAACGCCAAAAACACCGUGUUCGACGCCAAACGUUUGAUCGGCCGUCGCUUCGACGACCAGAAGAUCCAAGAGGACAUGAAACACUGGCCGUUCACGGUGAUCAACGACGGCGGCAAACCGAAGAUCCAGGUGGAGUUCAAGGGCGAAACGAAGCGGUUCGCCCCGGAGGAAAUCAGCUCCAUGGUGCUGACCAAGAUGCGCGAAGUGGCCGAAGUCUAUCUGGGGGGUAAGGUGAGCGACGCGGUCAUCACCGUGCCGGCGUACUUCAACGAUUCGCAACGGCAAGCGACCAAGGAUGCUGGAGCCAUUGCCGGGUUGAAUGUUAUGCGGAUCAUAAAUGAGCCGACGGCGGCAGCAUUGGCCUAUGGGCUGGACAAGAACUUGAAGGGCGAGAAGAACGUGCUGAUCUUCGACUUGGGCGGUGGUACCUUCGACGUCUCCAUCCUGACCAUCGACGAAGGUUCACUGUUUGAGGUGAAAUCUACGGCGGGAGACACCCAUCUGGGUGGAGAGGACUUUGACAACCGCAUGGUGAACCAUUUCGUUGAGGAAUUCAAACGGAAACACAAGAAGGACAUGAGUGGAAACAUUCGUGCUCUUCGUCGACUGCGUACGGCUUGCGAGCGUGCUAAGCGUACUCUAUCGUCGAGCACGGAGGCAUCGCUGGAGAUCGACGCCCUGCAUGAUGGUGUCGAUUUCUACUCCAAGAUUACGCGUGCUCGCUUCGAAGAGCUGUGUAUGGAUUUGUUCCGCUCGACGUUGGCUCCGGUGGAGCGAGCUCUAACCGACGCCAAGUUGGAUAAGGCUGCCAUCCAUGACGUGGUCUUGGUUGGCGGAUCCAUCCGAAUCCCCAAGGUUCAAAAGAUGUUGCAGGACUUCUUUUGCGGAAAGGCCUUGAAUUUGUCCAUCAAUCCGGAUGAAGCCGUAGCUUACGGAGCUGCCGUUCAGGCUGCUAUCCUCAGCGGAGACGGAAGCUCACAAAUCCAGGAUGUUCUGCUGGUGGAUGUUACUCCGCUCUCGUUGGGUAUUGAAACUGCUGGAGGCGUCAUGACCAAGAUCAUCGAGCGUAAUGCUCGUAUACCGUGCAAGCAACAGCAGACUUUUACAACCUACAGUGACAAUCAGAACGCUGUGACGAUUCAGGUAUUUGAGGGUGAACGUGCCAUGACCAAGGACAACAACCUUCUUGGAACGUUCAAUCUGACUGGAAUUCCACCGGCACCACGUGGAGUGCCGAAGAUUGAGGUAACGUUCGAUCUGAAUGCCGAUGGUAUUCUGAAUGUUUCGGCCAAGGAUAGCAGCACCGGUAAGUCGGAGAAGAUCACCAUCAAGAACGACAAGGGUCGGCUGUCGAAGGCUGAAAUCGAUCGGAUGCUGUCGGAAGCGGAGAAGUAUCGGGAGGAAGAUGAGCGUCAACGUGAGAAGAUCACGGCCCGUAACCAGUUGGAGAGCUAUAUUUUCAACUGCAAGCAAGCGGUGGAAGACGCUCCGGCAGGGAAACUUUCCGAUGCGGACAAGCAAACGGUGAAGGAUAAGUGCACUUCGGAGAUGUCCUGGUUGGAUGGUAAUACACUGGCCGAGAAAGAUGAGUUCGAGCACCAUCUGAAGGAGUGUCAGCGUGUUUGCGGACCGAUUAUGGCCAAAAUGCAUCAGGGCGGAAGUGGGGCAACUGGAGGCGAAAGUGGCGGUGCAUCAGCUGGCGGUAAAGGACCGACCGUUGAGGAGGUUGAUUAAACGUGUGUGAAAGUAUUGUAAGGGCCUGAUUCAGAAGCCGAGGGUAGAUCGUUUGGAUUCUGGCCACAAGUGUUGUCGAGCAAAGUAGUCACGUGUGUUCAAGUAGUCAUGUGGCGAAUCACAGCCAAAAUGAAGCAUAAGAUAAUUACAUCACACAGAAAGUAAAAGAUCUUAGUACAGAAUUAUAUUUUGCAACAAAACUGUUUGCAUAUGUGAGAUAUCUUCUAACAUGAUUUAUAAUCAAAUCAUUGGCAACGUUUCAACCCUGUAUCCAAAAACCGCAACUACUAACAAUAUAACCGGCGCUUGUUUGUUUGGGUAUGGCUUUCAUAUUUAUGCAUUUAUAAUAAGGUGAAGCGAAAAUCGAAUAAUAAAUAAUGGGUAGCAGGUA